AUGCGGUCCUUGUGCGCACUGCUGGUGUUUGCAUUGAUGGUAGUAGCAUCGAAUGGUGCUCAUCACCAUCCUCGACGUGAUAUCGCUGAUAAUGAUGAUGAUGAUGAUGCCGCGGAUACUCGAGAUUUACUACGUUCCCUCCUUCGACAGGCAUCUCUUCGAAAGAUUGGAUUCGAUAGUGAUGAUGAAGACAAUUACAGUAAUCGUUUCUAUUCAAAUAAAAGAGCUAAUAAUGCAGCUAAAAAAUGUACAUCGGCUGUACCAGGUACAUACUAUACGAGUAGCUCUACAAAGUCGAUAGAUAACGUCGUGAGUCAAGACGAUUGCAUGAAUCGAUGUGAGGUAGACGACAACUGCUAUGGCUGGGCAUAUCAAGCAAGUUCAAAGACUUGUUCAGUUCAAAAUUCCAUUGGUUGGAAAACGCUCGAUGCAUCUUACGUUGGUGGAUCUUGUAUUGGUCUUGCUGCGAAAGAAAAGGUUUGCAAAGAGAAGUUGAAAAAUACUCUUUACAACGGUGAUUGGAGUACUGGAUUUUGGGUGAACACAGCUGAAGAUUGUAUGAAGAAAUGUGAUAUCACUCCAUCGUGCUUAGGAUAUGUAUUCAGUGAAGCACAAAAAUACUGUUGGACUCAAACUGCACAAUAUGGAAGUGGGUAUGUUGCUGAUUGGACAAGUGGAUCGUGUGUUAAACCAAAACCUGAUUAUCCACCAAUAUCGAUCGAAAAUUAUCGACAACAAGCAUUAGAACAACAUAAUGUGUAUCGUCGAAUGCAUUGUGUGGGUCCUGUCAAGUUAAAUGCAUCACUCAAUCUUAUCGCUCAAGCAACUGCAGAAGAUUUAGCAGCAAGGAAUAUAUUUCAGCAUAGUGGUAAGAAAUUCAACGGACAAUGGAUGGGAGAAAAUUUGUUUGCAUCUUCCGGAGACAAACCAUUGUAUCAAAAAGGUUCCGUGCCAGUUGCAGCUUGGUACGGAGAAAUUCAAUAUUACAAUUGGGCAAAUCCCGGAUUUACAAUGAGUACGGGACAUUUUACACAAGUCAUCUGGAAAGGUUCGACUGAAUUAGGUAUUGGAAGAGCUUUAUCACAAGACGGGAGUAAAAUGUACGUCGUUGGGAAUUAUUUUCCUGGUGGAAAUGUUGGCGGCGCAUUCUCUGACAAUGUCAAACCAUUAUGCUGA